AUGGCGUCGUUCACGUUUAAGGUUGCUGGGUAUCAAGUGGUCCAUCAUUUUGGUGUUAUAGUCGCUGGUGUUGAGUACGACGACUCCACUUCCUUAGGGUCAUUGGUUGUUAAUCAAGGAUUCUCGGCUCAUUUCCUUCCAUCGGCUGUUAGAGAAGAGAAAACUGUCAUACUGAGAGCGAACCGUAUCUACUCCGCCCUCAACAAUGCUGGAAUCGACCACGAAGCACUGAGGAACAGGUUUAAUCAGCUUGCUGGAGACGGAGGUGAAGGAGCCAGGCCGCUGGAACAUAGCGGAGACAGAAGGCGGAGGCUCGGAAUGCAGGUGAUGAUGACCCUUGGUGCCAGCCUGGGCCACCUGGCACUAGCUGUGGUGGCUUCCUGGCCCAACCCUGCCGGGGUUGGACCUGUCUUAAACACCACCAUCUAAAACACGCCAUCAAUGUUAAGGACACUUGCACUGGACAUGUUAGGUAGUAUAGUGUCUGUGGGUAACAUGCCUGGAACGUGGUUGUGGGGGUGGCUGGCGGUGACCAUAGGAAGGAAGAAAGCUAUGAUGCUCCUGCUGCUGCCUUACACCCUGGCCUGGCUCCUGCUGGCUCUCGCUGUCAACCCUGUCAUGAUGCUGGCUGCAAGGGUCGUCCAUGGGAUCUGCGUUGGGGCAACUUUUGUCUCAGCAAGUACCUAUAUUAUUGAACUACCAGAUACUGCCAUCCGGGGAGCGGUAGCCACUGUUCCCAACUUUGCUCUCAGUCUUGGUUAUAUCCUCACCACAUCGCUGGGUCUGCUGUUACGCUGGUACGAAAUAGCAUUUGUAGGCUUAGCUAUCAUCGUGUCCCAUACCACAGUGAUGGUAUUCCUGCCAGAGAGUCCGUCAUUCUUAGCAAUCAAUGGACAAAAGAGAAAGGCCAAGAAAAUUUUAAGGAAACUUCGAGGCCCGAGCGCUAACGUAGAUGAAGAAGUACAGAAUUUGUGCGACGAAAACAAAGAUAAAGCGAAUGAUCCUUUCAUCAAAGUCCUGCAGGACCCUUAUAUCCUAAAGUCACUUGGAAUUGUGCUUACGCUGUUCUUCGUUCAGAACUUCUGUGGUCUGAUGGUGUUCUACGUGAACAUGACGCGCAUUUUCCUGGAGGCUGGGUCCACUCUGAGUGAGCAUGUGGCCAGCAUCUUAGUUUUCAUUGUGCAAGCAGCGGGCACUGUCUUAGCCUGCAUCUACUUGGACCGCUUCGGCCGCCGGGUUUGCCUGGUAUCAUCUCUAGUCGUCAUGACUCUCUGCCUGCUGGUUAUGGGAGUUUAUCACCACUAUAAAGAUGCUGCUGAAAUUUCAGUAUUUUCUGCGACAAGAAACACAACAAGUUUAACGGAAGACACCAUCGAAAACUGGUCCACCACCAAGAUGGCCUUCAGCUGGGUGCCACUAGCCUGUCUCAUGCUUUACAUGUUUACAUCCAGUUGUGGCGCCGGUCCAGUCCCUGCACUCCUCAAUGCUGAGUAUUUUCCUACAGCAGUCAGAGCUCAGCUGUCUGGCUUGUGCAUGGUAUUGGGCAGUGUGAUCAACUUUGCGGCGCUCCAACUCUUUACACCCAUGCAAGUGACCCUCACCAUCGCUGGUCUCUACUGGUUUUAUGCCGGUGUGUCAGUCUUCGGAAUUGUUUUUACACUCACCUGCGUCAGAGAGACCAAGGGCAGGGCUGUUGCCUAAAGACCGGAAAUUAUAUUAUCAUGGUGAUGUUAAAUAUCUUUUGGGAGGUACGAAGAAUCUACUGAAAGGUGAUGUUAGGUAUACCAUGGGAUUUGCAAAGUAUCACUUGUAUCUUCCCUUUGGGCGGUGCGAGUUUUUCCCAGGAUCGGGAGAAUCGCUUCCAUAUGCUGCCUUGUUCAUAGUUAACUAAACAUUCAGUGCCCAAAACAAGAUUCUGAGUGUUUAGUUACAAUCUUAAAAUAUUACUUCAUCAUGUGUUCUGAGGGUCUGAGCUGUGAAGUUUGUGCCAAAGUAUUUACAUAUGUUCUUUUUUUACUAGUCUUACAGAUGUUUGUACAUCUGGAAUAAGAUGGCUGAUUAGCAAGUGAGUAUUUAUACACCGACAGGGAUUAAAUUGCCCUUGGUUUUAUUGCCUAGGUUAAGAAUGGACAAUAUUGGCUUGAAGGGCCACUCUCCGAACUUUGGCAAGCCAAGCUAACUGCACGCCAUAUGCAUGUGCUUAUUAAAACUUCACAAUGAAGUCUUGUGGAUGCACGUACAGAAGAUAUAAUUUACAAUGUAUGAAACGUAGGUUAAGUAAAACAGAUAACUAAACUGACGUUCAUUCAAUAUUUACAUAAUGAGAAUCCCAGUUCCCUCAGUGGGAAGAAUCGCUCUGGAUGUGCUUACUUAAUUCAGAUUCGCGAUAUCUCCGUUGUUGCAUUUGUGACGUUUACUGCUUCAAGAUAAAUACAUCUGAGAUUUUAUCUAUUAAAUUUAAGUACAUUAAAAGAAGCGUGAACAACCUAGAAACAACAAUGAGUUUAUUUUCUCCUGAAGCAACAGAUCAGAUUUACAGAAGCCUACAAAGACACUCCACCGUCGAACAAUUUCUAAUCCAGAUUUAAGUCAUUAAAAAAGAAAAACGCAUUUUAUUGCAAAGUUGAAAAGUGAGCGAUCUGAUUAUUUCUUUAUUGACGAGAUAAGGGAAGCAAUUUAAGUAAAAAAAAAAAACUCGACACUGAAGCAAAUUAUGUUCAAAGGCCAACAUUUCUGGAAGAAA